CAAGGUAAAUAUUCUUUUUCCAGCAUGAAAUCGCUCUUUGUUGUUUGCCCAGAGGUAAAGAGGCGGAAAAGUGAGGAGGGUCUGAACUGGUUUCCAUGUCAAACACUUCAAUUCACCAUAGAAACUCAGAUCUUAACGCGGAAACUUUAUUAAACUGUGAUGGCGGAUUGAUAAGGGCCGAAUUUCUAUCGGCCCUCUUUUUAUUGUGGGCACCAGUCGGGCUGACAGAGGUAAAUUGCUCUUUUAAUUAAAGCAAUGCACCAGGGGAAAUUGCUGUCUGAAUAUUGUCUCAGAGAUGGGGGCCAGUGACAGUUGCCUGGAAACUUCAAUCUGUCCACCCGCAUUUAUUCCAGAUCCCAGUUAUGAGAUAAAGUUUAAUAAAAAUCUUUUCCUCCGCCACCACCGAAAUGAAAUCCAACCCUUUCUGAACAAGUGAACACAAUGAGACAGGACUGCGGAGGAAACCUCAUGUUCAACAUGUAUCUCUCAGAUCCAACAGAAAAUCUGUUGAAAGAAAGCAAAGGAACAAGCUGGGGUCCGAUUAACACAGGAGUGCAAAAAGGCAGUGGUCAGAUCCAGCUGUGGCAGUUUCUGUUGGAGCUCCUCUCUGACAGCACCAAUAUGUCGUGCAUCGCCUGGGAGGGCACAAACGGCGAAUUCAAACUCAUAGACCCGGACGAGGUGGCUCGGCGUUGGGGGGAACGCAAAAGCAAGCCCAACAUGAACUACGACAAGCUGAGCCGCGCGCUGCGCUACUAUUACGACAAAAACAUCAUGACCAAAGUGCACGGAAAGCGGUACGCAUACAAGUUCGAUUUCCACGGCUUGGCCCAGGUGUGUCAGCCGACCACCACGGAGCAGGCCAUCUACAAGUUUCAGGGUAACUUCUCCCCGAUCCCCUUCUCCGGGAUUUCCAAACUGAACCUCAUGGCUCCCGGCGUGGGACCAUCGGGGUUCUCCUAUUGGCCCGGUUCCCCUCCGGCGGCUCUGUAUCACACCCACAACCUUCAGCCUCCAGGGCCUUUUGGGACCGUGUCUCCGUCCCACAUCAGCUGUGUCAACAACAUCAGCAGUCUGAGUAACAUCAAUAGCCAUUACAACUGACUCUUAAUGCAUCUGUUAGACAGACUGGAAACAUAUAGACACCACUGGUAAAUACAGCAACCGAAGGCGAGAGAUGACAAAGAAGAUCGACAGAUCAGGGCUGGCAAUUUUCAGUGAGAAAGACUUUAUUUGGUCAAAAAUAAACGUUAGAGUUUCAGAUUGUGGGCUUAUUCUCGACGUGUAUAUAAGGAACGAUUGUGAUUUAGCUUAGAAAUCGUAUUUAAAACUGAUAAAAACUCAAAUUAAAAUACAUGAAUAAUAUUUUGCCAUACAACAUCCAAAGGUUAGACAUUUGUUCAGGGUAAAUAUAUUGAAUCCACCAAGACUGGGCAAAUUAAGUUACCGAUCACGCGCUGAUUACGCACCAUGAUUGGAACUUUUACUCACAGUAUUUUGAUAAUUCUUUCUUAAAUUGAAUCUGAUCUGUAAAGCCCCAAAUGUGGUUUUUCCUUAAG